AUGGCACGAUACGCCCAGUUUGACUACUACCAACAAUCCUCCUCAACACUAGAUGUGCCUCCAUCCGAAGAAGAUGAAAUGAGUGUCCUGGACGAUAAGAUCCUCGACUCAACCUCCCCAGGCCUCUCUGACCCCCGCCGCCCCUCCUACGACGCAGACGCAGCCGCCUUCUCAUAUCGCAACUCCGUCUGGUCCAACUACUCCCAUCCCAAUUCUGACCAGUCGCACUCCCGCCCCGCCCAUCUCCCCCAGUCCGUCCUCGACUCAACAAGUGCCCAGUUCAUGACCGUCGACGGUCCCCAGCCCUAUGGCCCACCCCAGCCGUCCUGGUCGCUCUCCCGCACCGCCUCCGGCUCAUGCACCCCCCACCGCUACCCCUCCGAGGCAGAGCAAACUGCCACCUCGGGGCCCUUUUCGGGCGGUGCGGUCGGGCCGGUGGGUGCGAUCCCGAUGGGCGCGGUGUCGUAUCGUGGUGCGGUGAAUUUUGCCGCGCCGCCAGGCGCAGGAGGGGUGGCCAUGUCCCCGCAGUCGAGUCAGGGUUGGAUGCCGGCGCCGAUGGAUCUGGCCGAUGCGGCCGCUGCGGCGAAGAGCAGUUCGUAUCGGAAUGGGUCGCCGUUGACGCUGCGCCGGGAUGGGAUCCGCAAGAAGAAUGCUCGGUUUGAGAUUCCCGCGGAGCGCACGUUGAGUAAUAUCGACCACUUGAUUAGCCAGUCGACCAAUGAAGAGGAGGUGAAGGAGUUGAAGCAGCAGAAGCGGCUGUUGAGGAACCGACAAGCAGCCCUCGACUCGCGCCAACGCAAGAAGCUACAUACGGAGAAACUCGAAGAGGAGAAAAAAAAUUAUACCCAUACUAUCAGUCAGCUGGAAGAUAUGCUCUCCAGCCUGCAGAAGCGGGAAGCCGAGUUGAUGCGCGAGAAGAGCGAGUGGAUCGCCCAGCAACAGCAGAUCACCACCUACCUCGAGAGCAUGCACAUGGAAAAGGACGAGAUGAUCCGCAGACAUACGCUGGAGACGGCCGAAUUGCGCAAGAAGAACAACAUCUUGCUCGAGACGGUCGAAAAGCUCGAGCGCGGCGGCAAGACCACCAUGGCCGAUCAAGCUCAGGCUCACGUCCAGACUGCCGACUUUACCGGCUUCGAGAACUUGUCCAUGGAUACCGGGCCUUGGGAUGAGUUCGGCAUGGCAAAUGGUCUUUCUAUCCAAGAUACUACAGUCCCCGCUUCUCACAGCCUGCACCAUGUCCAACCGCAGCCGCAGCCGCAGUCCCAGACACACCCUCACCCCCAGCCUCUCCAUGUCACCGAGCGCGCAGCCGACAAGCCCGCCUCAGAAUACCCCUUCAGCUGGAACGCCUUCUACAUGUGCCUCCUCUUCGGUGCCUUCAUCGCCUCCAAAGCUAACACAAACCUCGCCGGCCACUCCCUCCCCCAGCUCUCGGAAGAGUACCGCGCCGAGUCCGCCAACGUGCUAAAGGCAGUCCUCGCCUCCUCCCCACCAGACCUCACCCACCCCUCUGCAAUUGCAGUCUCCGCAUCCGCCCCGCAACCCUCCAUCACCAUGGACAUGACCCAGAUAGGCGCCUCGCACGGGCGUCCCUCGACGCUGGACCAGUUACACGAUACGCUCGUCCUGCCCAGCGAGGACCAAGAGCGUGCGCAGGUCUUCGCGCUGAAUGCGGAUCAGUAUAACAGCCUGACAACCUUUGAAGAUGAUGGCGCGCCGUUCAAGGCGCAGCCAUCGAAUCUGCAGGCUGCGCUGGCGGCGAUGCGGAGUAACGCCGCGCAGCACCGGGUACAUGCCGGCGAGGACGUGUACUCGCGUAGUCUGAUGUGGGAGCGGGUGCCGGAGAAGGUCAUUCGUGAUUUCCGGCGUAUGGUGCAGGAGUAUGGGGGCAGUCCUGUCAAGGAGGAGAUGAUGACUUUUUGA